AUGAGCUUGGAUAAGAACCUCUUCACGCUACUCUUCACACCGAACAAGGAUGCGCCCAAUGUGACCGAUCUCGUUGACCCCGCGGGGACGAUCCACUAUCGCAAGCAGCGCAUCCCGGGGUCGACGUAUGCGGUCGAGGUGUAUGAUCCCAUGUCCGAGUCCCUGCUUGUCAAGGUCAGCGCUCCGGCGACUACGAGCAAGACGAAGGUCCUCGAGCUCUGCAACCCAACAAGCAUCGUAGAGCUCAAGUACACGGGUACGCUGAGCUUCCGAUGGUCGUUCAAGUGGGAAGACCACGAAUUCGAAUGGAAGCGCGAAGAGUGCUAUAUGCUGAGGAAACCAGAUCCGCCUGUGCUGGUGGCGAUCACGAAGGAACCUGCUGGCAGGAUUAAGACGAAGACAGUGCAGAUUCUGGACUACAACAUCAACCGCUUCGACGUGGAAGACAGGAAGGGGCUGGAGAUAGUCAUUCUCACCGCUCUCCUCACCUUCCAAGAUGCCAACGACACAUAUCAUGCACCCCCCACUCCGUCCCGCCAGUCCUCCGGUCCCACACCAAUCGAGACAUCCGCACCACCUCCCCCGCCCCCUCCACGACCUGAACCCAAGAGUGGUGUCGACCGGAUAGCGGAGCUGCAAGCUAUACGUGGGGAGCUGAAUGAAGUGACCGUGGAGGAUGAGGGCAGCUUCGAAGACUAUGCGCGAUAUUCCGCCAACCUGCUGGCUGACGAAGCUAUGCUAUUCAUCACUAUUCGUUCAUCAGAGGCAAGCCAGGUGCCGAAGGUGUUGCAGGUCGUCGAGGAGACUAAGCGCAUACGACAUAAAGCCGGCAUCUACGAUGAAGAUGAGCUGCAUCAAUAUGUUGUAUACGACACCGUUAAGGCGAAGGGACCUCGCAGAAUCAAUUUGGACGACGAAGAUCCUGCGAAGGCUAAGUACACCCCUCCGAACAGCCUCAGCGUCCACCUGAGCAAGAUACCUAUGCCCGAGCUUCAGCCGAAGGCUUCGGUGAAAGACAAGGACGACAGCAAACGACGCUCGGCUCCCCCGCCUGUCCCUUCCUCGUCGAGUGCUGAAGCCAAGAGCAAGGAUGCGGGUUCGUAG